AGUUCCUUGCAGGUGCAGCUCGAGAGAGGGUGCAGACUGGCUUCGCUGGAAAAGAACUGGACCGAAACUUCUGGCUCGAACCGCAGACCUGGCAGACACCGGCCCUUGGUGGACUACAACCUACACUGCACUUCCCACCCUAUCCCAGCUGCCGCCUCACUGUCACGUCGUACGAGGGUUCUCCAUCAUCCCGGGCAGGUCCGACGACAUCCCUGGCAGCCAAUACCUCCAAGGGAGUAAAAUCACGUUUGAAACCCUCUGUUGUGCCUGUGUCUCGAUGUUUCCCACUAUGCUCCCCACACCAGGUGUAGGCCAGCUCACCGCGAGGUGAACGGGCUCAUUCACCACAAUUUCUGGCGUCCGCGACAGGACCACUAUCUUUUGGUGGAUGGCGAGCAAAGGAGGGAAACUAUGAGCGCAGAGCUAGAGAAACUUAUAGCGGCGGGUCGUUCAUUGGGAGUACCCGAAGGCGAGCUUCGUCUGUGGGUGAACGAGCAGGUGACCCUAGAUAGGGAGCGGAAGGCUGCAGAGAGGGAGGCUAGGGCGGAAGAGAGAACCGCGAGAGCUGCGGAGCGGGAGGCAGAAGAGCGAUUGUUGCUGGCGGAGGAAAGGGUUUUGUCCCUUCGGGCUCAAGUGCAGGCGUCGGGAGUCAAUGUCAAUGGUGAUCCCUCUCGUACUCCAUCUAGGAAUGGAGAUGGGAAUGGCUUUCGGCCGGGUAUGCAGAAAGCCAUGCCGGUGUUCGAUGAGAAGAGGGAUGACCUGGAUGCAUACCUGCACAGGUUUGAGGUAGUGGCAUCCGGUUUGGGGUGGCCGCGUGACCAGUGGGCCACGGCUCUUAGUUUGUCGCUAGCGGGAGAGGCCUUGGCUGUUUUCGGGCGGUUGUCUGCAGAGGACUCGAACAGCUAUGAAAAGCUUAGCGCUGCGUUGUUGCAGAGUUUCCGGUAUACUCCUGAAGGGUUUAGAGAGAAGUUCAGAAGUUGCGUGCCUGACAAAAAGGAAACUGCAGUCCAGUUCGGAGCACGGUUAAGCCAUUUGUUCGACAAGUGGGUAGCGACAUCCAAGACUACUAAAGAUUUUAAGAGUCUUCGAGAUUUGAUACUCCGUGAGCAAUUUGUUAAUCGGUGUACUUCGGCUCUAGCAGUGUUCCUGAAGGAAGGAGAGUGUAAUACGUUGGAUGAACUCUGCCAACGGGCUGACUGGUACCUGGAGGCACAGGGAUUGCGAGGUAUGGGCCGCACCGCAUCAGACCCCCAUAGUGAUGGAGCAGAUAGUACGCCGAAGGGCAGUGGGAGUGUUAAGCCCCCCAUCUGUGUAUUGUGUGGUAGGGCAGGACAUAAGGCGUCCGACUGCCGGGUGUCCCCGAGACGGCGGGAGAAAGGCUCAUGUUGGACAUGUGGUGACGUGGGCCACCACGCACGUAACUGUGGGAAAAGGGCGCGUGACAUUGAUAAGCAGGGUCGAGCUGCGUGUGUGUCACGUGCGGGAGAUACUAAUGAGGAAUCCCCGGAACGGGAAUCGGAUCAACCCCAUACAGAGCCCAAGAUGGUAGUGGAUAUGGUUCAGGCCUGUGGAGGUGUCGGGCUUGUGGGAGAACUACCAUCGUGCGUAGGUUUUCUAGGGGGGAGAAAAAUCGAGGUGUUGAGGGACACAGGGAGUAAUAUGGUGCUGGUGCGCCGUAGCCUGGUCGCGGAGGAGCAGUUGACUGGGGACAACUGCACAGUGUACUUGGCCGACAACACGCAACGUAGCUGGCCAGAGGCGCGGAUAGACCUGCAUACUCCAUAUCUAGAGGGCAUAGUAUCAGCGUAUUGUGUUGAUCGACCUUUGUUCGAUGUGAUGAUAGGCAAUGUGCCGGGGGUGCGGACCGUAAAGACCAUCACGGAGCCGCCCCAGGUUGAACAGUUGGACAGUACGGCACAAGGAGGGGAACCCUCUGCGGAAGGGGUGGCUGGUGUGGUUACAAGGGGCCAGACCAGGCAGGCUCGCCGAUCACGUCCACCACUUAAGGUACCGGAGUGCAUGGACAAAGAGGACAGAUGCUUCGAUGCAAAGCCUGGGCGCUAUGCUACUGCAAACACAUGAAGGGGUUCCGAGACUAGUAACCUGUGCUAGCAGGCGUCUGUCAGCCGCAGAACGCAACUACGCCACUAUUGAGAGGGAGGCACUGGCUCUUGUCUGGGGUAUUCGGAAGUUCCAGUGGUAUUUGUUCGGACGUUCCUUUAUAGUACAAACAGAUCACCAACCUCUGCAAUACAUUAAGAAGAACACGUGUGUGAACUCUAGGGUGACGAGAUGGAAUUUGUUUUUGUAAGAGUAUGAGUUCACUGUGCAAUACAUCAAGGGCAGCGAGAAUGUCGGAGCUGACUUUUUGAGUAGAUUAUGAGGUUUAAGCUGCAGCAGAGUGUUGCCCAAACAUUGGAAUAUGUUGUGAUUGAUGGAGCCUUGCCGUCAACAAGGUUCUCCAGUAGAGUGUUGUUUCACUGUUUUUGGUACGGGUUCGUGUGACUUGUUUGGGGCGGAUUUUGUGUGACAUGAUUACCGAUGGUGUGUUAGAUUGAUCGGGUUGUAGCGUGAUAUUAUUGUACAAUAGAGAUGUUUGGAAAACUGAACUAAGUUGCAAAGUAGAUGUUAUCUGGUCGCCCUAGAAUAUGUCGCAGUGCAUCAUAAGCGUAUUUUCGUCACUUAGCAUAUGGACAUUGCGUGCAGUGUUGCAGAAGGACGCUCAGUAGGACAUUACGUAGUGGCUUCAUGGACAUUGAACAUUCAGCGUUGUUAUGAUGUACAAUGUCUUGUGGUGGGGGGCUAUAUGUGGUGGCGCUGGUGCAUGGGAGCGCUGAAGAAGGACGAAGAGAAGCGGCGGAGGCAGUUCCUUGCAGGUGCAGCUCGAGAGAGGGUGCAGACUGGCUUCGCUGGAAAAGAACUGGACCGAAACUUCUGGCUCGAACCGCAGACCUGGCAGACACCGGCCCUUGGUGGACUACAACCUACACUGCACUUCCCACCCUAUCCCAGCUGCCGCCUCACUGUCACGUCGUACGAGGGUUCUCCAUCAUCCCGGGCAGGUCCGACGACAUCCCUGGCAGCCAAUACCUCCAAGGGAGUAAAAUCACGUUUGAAACCCUC